GUUGGAUUUCCGUGUGGCUUUUUGGAUUUCAUUGGAUGAGUGUAACGAACUUCUGAAUUUAAUAUUCAGCUCUAGUGCUGAAGUAUGAACACGAGAAACCCGUAACAAUAAAAAUAAAAUAAUGAUGCUGAUAAGCAGUUGUUUUAUCCUUUCUUGCUCUGACUGAUGACUGCGAUUUCUUCAUGAUUUGGAUCCCAUUAUAUAAGCAUUCGUGGUGCAUCUUUUUCAGUUGCGGUUACAGUAGUUCCCAAGAUUUCUAUUGAAUACGGCUUGUUGCUUCUUUUGAUUGGCUGUUCACUCGUUUAAAAGUAGAGGGUAACGAAGGAAGAGUUUUAUUUAUCGAUCGGGUAGCUAUAAUAUAGUGUACAGUCAUGCCUGUGACAUCACUAUGGGUUGUCUCCCCUAGCUUAGAGGUCUCCAAUUGCUCUGGAUUCCUUGAUUCAUUUCGAGACGGGAAGCUGUUUGAUUCUUCCAAGUUUAUCCCGCGUUGUUCAAGUUCGAUCAGAGCAAAGAAGGAUAGGAAGAGGAGGCGGAGACUUUGCUCUUUGAGUACAAAUUUGAAGUAUUCAUGCGUUGGCCAUACUGGCCUAGAGAGUGCUAGCAAUUUACCUUUGCUAUCAAACGUGCUAGCAAACCCAGCGGGAGAAAUGGCUGUUUCAUCAGAGCAGAAGGUCUAUGAGGUGGUGCUUAAGCAGGCUUCCCUGGUUAAGAGGAAGCUAGGAUCUGUUGGGGACCUUGAUGUGAAACCAGAUAUUCCUCUGCCGGGGAAUUUGGGUUUGUUGAGCGAAGCUUAUGAUCGUUGUGGAGAAGUUUGUGCAGAAUAUGCCAAAACGUUUUACUUGGGAACUCAGUUAAUGACCCCUGAAAGGCGAAGGGCUAUUUGGGCUAUAUAUGUGUGGUGUAGGAGAACAGAUGAACUUGUUGAUGGCCCUAAUGCUUCACAUAUAACGCCAACUGCUUUAGAUAGGUGGGAGUCAAGGUUGGAUGAUCUUUUCCAAGGUCGUCCAUUUGAUAUGCUUGAUGCUGCUCUAGCAGAUACAGUUGCCAAAUUUCCUGUUGAUAUUCAGCCGUUUAAAGAUAUGAUCGAAGGAAUGAGAAUGGACCUUAGGAAGUCCAGAUACAAAAAUUUCGAUGAACUUUAUCUUUACUGUUAUUAUGUUGCCGGGACAGUUGGUUUAAUGAGUGUUCCAGUCAUGGGAAUUUCACCAGAGUCACAAGCUACAACAGAGAGUGUAUAUAAUGCUGCCUUGGCCCUAGGAAUUGCAAACCAGCUAACUAACAUACUCAGAGAUGUUGGAGAGGAUGCCAAGAGAGGGAGAGUAUAUCUACCGCAGGAUGAGUUGGCUCAGGCAGGGCUAUCAGAUGAUGACAUAUUUGCAGGGAAGGUGACUGACAAAUGGAGAAACUUCAUGAAGAGCCAAAUUAAAAGGGCAAGGAUGUUUUUUGAUGAGGCUGAGAAGGGAGUCACAGAGCUUAAUGAAGCCAGCAGAUGGCCGGUAUGGGCGUCCUUGUUGUUGUAUCGCCAGAUAUUAGACGAGAUUGAAGCUAAUGAUUAUGACAAUUUCUCAAAGAGAGCAUAUGUAAGCAAGGCCAAGAAAUUACUUUUUCUUCCCAUUGCCUAUGCGAGAUCUAUGAUGCCUCCUUCUUCAAGAAAGUUGUCUCCUUCAAGAAAGACAUAG